GGCGGCGGAAAUGGCCGAGGGCCGGCGGCGGCGGCCAUGUUGGGAGCCGCUGGGUGCUGAGGAGGCGCGAGUGUGAGGCGGCGGCGGCCGGGCCAGGCGGACUCGCCGCCCGCUCCCCUCUUCCCCCUUUCUCCUCUCCCGUCCCCCUCCCCGGCCUCCCCCAUGCCGGUGGCUUGGCCUCCCCCCGCUCCCUGAGCGCGGCCCGGGGCUCCCCUACCUCCCCUUCCCCCUCCCCGUACACCGCCCGCCGCGGCUUCCCCCUAUCGCGAUAGUCGCCGGCGGCGGGGGGGGGCCGCCAUGUCGAGCAGCGGUCGCAGCCCUCUGCCUACGGUCAACGAGAGAGACGCGGAACAGCCGGGUCCCGUGGAGGGGAAGGGCGGCGGGAAGGCCAACAUGCUGCGGGGCCGGAACUCGGCCACCUCUGCCGACGAACAGCCCCACAUCGGCAACUACCGCCUGUUAAAAACCAUCGGCAAGGGCAACUUCGCCAAGGUCAAGUUGGCCCGGCACGUCCUGACCGGCAAGGAGGUUGCCGUGAAAAUCAUUGACAAGACGCAGCUCAACUCCUCCAGCCUGCAGAAGCUCUUCCGGGAAGUGCGAAUAAUGAAGGUCCUGAACCACCCCAACAUAGUGAAGCUCUUUGAGGUGAUCGAGACAGAGAAGACGCUUUACCUCGUCAUGGAGUAUGCCAGUGGGGGUGAGGUUUUCGACUACCUGGUAGCCCACGGGCGCAUGAAGGAGAAGGAGGCCCGGGCGAAGUUUCGACAGAUAGUGUCAGCUGUGCAGUACUGCCACCAGAAGUUCAUUGUCCACAGGGAUUUGAAGGCGGAAAACCUACUGCUGGAUGCUGACAUGAACAUCAAAAUCGCCGAUUUUGGCUUCAGCAACGAAUUCACCUUCGGGAACAAACUGGACACGUUUUGCGGGUCCCCCCCUUACGCCGCCCCCGAACUCUUCCAAGGGAAGAAAUACGAUGGCCCAGAAGUCGACGUCUGGAGCUUGGGUGUCAUCCUUUAUACCUUGGUCAGCGGUUCUUUGCCUUUCGAUGGGCAAAAUCUUAAGGAGUUACGGGAGCGGGUGCUACGGGGCAAGUACCGGAUCCCCUUUUAUAUGUCCACCGACUGCGAAAACCUGUUGAAGAAGUUUCUCAUCCUUAAUCCUACCAAGAGAGGCACCUUGGAGCAAAUCAUGAAGGACCGCUGGAUGAACGUGGGCCAUGAGGAUGACGAGCUGAAACCCUACAUGGAGCCUGUGCCAGACUACAAGGACCCUCGGAGGACAGAGCUGAUGGUGUCCAUGGGGUACACGCGGGAGGAGAUCCAGGAGUCGCUGGUGGGGCAGAAGUACAACGAGGUGAUGGCGACCUACCUGCUGCUGGACCACAAGAGCUCGGAGCUGGAGGAGAGCCUGUCGCUGAAGCCGCGGGCAGCCCCUGACCUGGCCAACAGCUCGGGCCCCUCCCCGGCACACAAGGUCCAACGCAGCGUCUCUGCCAACCCCAAACGCCGCGUCAGCGACCAGGCCGGCCUCUCCAUCCCCACUUCGGCCUCCUACUCCAAGAAGACACAGGCGGCCAACGCCGAGAACAAACGAGGAGGAGGAGGAGGAGGGGAGGAAGAGGGGGGGCGGCGGGCAGGCAGCACUGCCAAGGUGCCCCCAAGCCCACUGCCCAGCCUAGAGCGAGCCAAGGGCACGCCCUCGCCCUCCACGAACAGCGUUCUCUCCACCGGCACCACACGGAGCCGUAACUCCCCGCUGCUGGACCGGGCCAGCCUGGGCCAGAGCUCCCUGCAGAACGGCAAGGACAGCCUGCCUGCACCAGGCUGCCGGCCCUCACCCGCCGCCCCCCCGGCCCCUGGGGCCCCCCCGCGGUCCCGGCAGCACCCGAAACCCACCGCCACCCCCGCCGACGCCAACUGCGAGGCCCCCCGGCCCAGCGGGGUGCCCAGCCGGGUGCCGGCAGCUUCUCCUUCAGCCCACAACGUCAGCCAAGGUCCUGGGGAACGUCCCAGCUUCCCCCGGGGGGUUUCCAGCCGCAGCACCUUCCACGCCGGGCAGCUCCGGCAGGCACGCGACCAGGCCCCCCUGCCCUACGCGCUGCCCCCCGGCCUGCCCCCCGCCUCCCCCUCCGGCACCAGCCAGGGCCGCCGCGGCCCCUCCGCCAGCCUCUUCAGCAAAUUCACCUCCAAGUUCGUCCGGAGAAAUCUGUCUUUCAGGUUUGCCAGAAGGAACCCACACGAGCCCGAGAGCAAGGACCGGGUGGAAACGUUGAGACCAACAGUCGGUCCCGAAAAAGAACCGCGCGAAGCGAGCGGUCGAGAAGCCAAACCUCGUUCUUUACGUUUUACCUGGAGCAUGAAAACGACGAGUUCCCUCGAACCGGGCGAAAUGUUACGGGAAAUCCGGAAAGUUCUGGACGCCAACAGUUGUCGUUGCGAACCCCAAGAGCGUUUCGUCCUCCUCUGCGCCCACGGAGCUCCCGGCCACGAUUCUUUCGUCCAGUGGGAAAUGGAGGUUUGCAAACUUCCCCGGCUCUCCCUCAACGGCGUCCGCUUCAAACGCAUCGCCGGGACCUCCAUGGCCUUCAAGAACAUCGCCUCCAAGGUGGCCAACGAGCUCAAGCUCUGAGCGGGAGGGUCCUCGUCACCCCGCCCGCCCGCCUGUUGACGGGGGGGAGGACGCACGGACACACGCACACCCCCUGCCCCGAGGCGAUGGAUUGAGGAGGGGGGAGGGGAUCGGGGGGGUGGGGGGGUGGGGUGGGGUUGAAGUUGCCUCGUGGUGGAACGUUGUGGAUGAAGCCAAGGACCUUCGGGGGGUUCGGGACAGCGGGCGGCGGGGCCCGGGGGACGUUUGGGGAUGUCCUCAAGGGCUCCGGGGACGCUUGGGGAUGUCCUCAAUGGACCAGGACCUCGUGCGGACGUCCUCGAUGGCUCCAGGGAUGUUUGGGGACAUCUUGGAUGGCUCUGUGGGGACAUCCUUGAUGGCACUGGGCACGUUUGGGGACAUCUUGGAUGGCUCUGGGGAUGAUUAGGGACGUCCUCGAUGGGUCUGGGGACUCUUGGGGACGUCCUCAAUGGACCAGGACCUCAUGGGGAUGUCCUCGAUGGCUCCAGGGAUGUUUAGGGACAUCCUCGAUGGCACUGGGGACGUUUGGGGACAUCUUGGAUGGUUUGGGGGACAUCCUCGAUGGCUCUGGGGCCAUUUGGGGAGGUCCUGGAUGGAUCAGGACCUCAUGGGGACAUCCUCGAUGGCUCUGGGGACAUCUUGGAUGACUCUGGAGAGAUUAGGGGACGUUGUGGAUGGCUCAGGACCUCAUGGGGAUGUCCUUGAUGGCUCUGGGGACAUUUGGGGACAUCCUGGAUGGAUCAGGACCUCAUGGGGACAUCCUCGAUGGCUCUGGGGACAUCCUCGAUGGUUUUGGGGAUGUCCUUGAUGGCUCUGGGGACGUUUGGGGACAUCCUGGAUGGAUCAGGACCUCAUGGGGACGUACUCAAUGGCUCUGGGAAUGUUUGGGGACAUCUUGGAUGGCUUUGGGGAUGUCCUUGAUGGCUCUGGGGACAUCUUGGGUGGCUCCAUGGAUGUUUGGGGACGUCCUUGAUGGCUCCAGGGACCUGUGGGGACAUUGUGGGUGGCCCAAGGCCAUCCCCUGGUGGCCCAGGUCCUUGGGGAGACAUCUUGGGGGGCCUGGGGACCCUUGGGGACAUCCAGGAUGGACAUGGAGACGUCAGGGAUGGACAUGGGGGGUCCCAGACAGCCUUGGGGACACCCUGGGUGUCCCAGGACCUCAUGGGGACGCCCCCGGUGACCUUGGGGACAGUGACCUUGGGGAUGUCACGGAGCCUUAUUGGGGGGGGAGGGGGCAGCUUGGGGACAUGGGGAUUGUCUGGGGGAGGGGGGUGGGGACAAGGCCCCCCCCCCCCCGGAGCCUUAUGGGGCCACCCCCCCCACCCCCACCCCCCGGUGUCCCUGAUUCCCUCCCCCAGGGACCCCCGGUGGCCUUAAGGGAUCCCCCGUGGGGUCAUUGGGGGUGUCCUGGUGCCACCCCACCCCCCAGGGGGGCGUCCCCUCCCCCCCUCACUCAGGAAGGGCCCCGGGGGGGGUGGGGGAGGGGUUCUGCUGCUGCUGGGGGUCGCCCCUCCCCCGCGAGGGGGGGUUGGUCGUGCUGCCCCCUCUGACCUGCUGUAGCCCCGCCCCCCGGGGGCGCGCGGACGCCUGGGUCCCGGGGGGGGGAGGGGCUGCGCCUGCCCUUUACAUACCUCGGGGGGGGGGGGGGGAAUGUCUCAGCCCCUUCCCCCCCCCCGGGGCGCUGCCACCCCCUGCCAGGCGGGGGGAGGGGCGGGGGGGCACCCUGGGGUGCUAUUGCCCGGGAGGGGGCAGAGGGGUCACCCUGGGGUGCUGCUGGCCCCGCCCCCACCCAGCGCCGCUGCGGCUUUUCCAGGUUCUAGAUUAAAAACUUUCCAGAAA